AUGUACGGUAUUCACAGGGAGGCCUUCAACGACAUCUACCUAAACCUCUCAAAGAAGCACGGCGUGACUCGUUUCGCAGAGUCCGGCUUUGGUUGGAAGCCCACAAGCGGUGGCGAGGGUGGCACAUUCACGCUCGAUGCGUCCAAGAUCAUAUCGGCACAGUGGAGUCGCGCGGCGCGAGGGUGGGAGGUCAAGGUGCUCUCGCGAGACAGCAACGAGGGCAUCAUUCAGCUUGACGGCUUCAAGCAAGAUGAUUAUGAGCGCAUCGCGAAGCUCUUCAAGGUCUGGUACAGCAUAAACCUCGAGAGCAAGGAGCACGCGCUCCGCGGCUGGAACUGGGGCAAGGCCGAGUUUGGCAAGGCGGAGCUAUCCUUCAACGUCGCAAACCGGCCUGCAUUCGAGGUACCGUACAGCGAAAUCUCAAACACGAACCUGGCGGGCAAAAACGAGGUGGCAGUCGACUUCUCGGCACCGACCGAGAACGGGCCCGACACCAACGGCACCCUCGGAGGCGCAAAAUUCCGCGGCAAGAAGGCACUCGGCGCGAAAGACCAGCUGGUGGAGAUGCGCUUCUACAUCCCUGGCGUGGCGUCCAAGAAGGAGAAGAACGACGACGGCGAAGAGAUCGAAGAUGGUGAACAGGGUGAGGAACAGAACGCGGCAAACUUGUUCUAUGAGACGCUCAUAGAGAAGGCCGAGAUCGGCGAGGUUGCUGGAGACACAUUUGCUACUUUCCUGGAGAUACUACAUUUGACGCCUCGUGGACGUUUCGAUAUCGACAUGUACGAGAACUCCUUCCGGUUGCGGGGAAAGACAUAUGACUACAAGAUUCAAUUCGACUCCAUCAAGAAGUUCAUGCUUCUCCCGAAGCCCGACGACAUGCACUCCCUCAUCGUCAUUGGCCUGGACCCACCGCUGCGGCAGGGUCAGACUCGGUACCCGUUCCUGGUCAUGCAAUUCAAGCGCGACGAAGAGGUCAACCUCGACCUGAACAUGAAGGAGGACCUGCUCGAAACAAAGUACAAAGACAAACUGCAGUCGCACUACGAAGCCCCCAUUUCAGUAGUCAUAUCCGAUAUUUUCCGUGGUUUAAGCGGGAAACGCAUUACCAGGCCUUCGCGAGAUUUCAUCAGCCACCACGAGCAGUCUGGAGUGAAGUGUUCCAUCAAAGCCAACGAGGGGCACCUGUUCUGCCUGGACAAAGCUUUCAUGUUCGUCCCCAAACCGGCAACCUACAUCAGCAUGGACUCGAUCGCAUCGGUGACUAUGUCUCGUGUUGGGGGAGCUAUGGCUGCAAGUCGCACCUUUGACAUCACAUUCACCAUGAAGAACGGUCAGAACGAGCAUCAGUUCUCAAACAUCAAUCGUGAGGAGCAGCAACCGUUAGAGAACUUCUUCCGAGCGAAAGGCAUCAAGACCAAAAAUGAGAUGGCGGAUGAUUCCGGAGCCAUUCUUGCGGCAGCACUGCAAGACGAAGACCUUGCCUCUAGUGACGGCGAAGUCGCCAAUCGUGGUAGUGCGGACGAGGAUGAUGAGAGCGUCGACGAAGACUUCAAAACUGAAUCUGAAUCGGAGGUCGGCGAGGAGUUUGAUGAAAAUCACGAGAGCAGCGGUAGCGAUAGCGACGAGGAAAUGGCAGAUGCAGACGCAGGCGGCGACAGCGACGGGCCGGCCGAGGAAGAAAUGGCGGAACGGCCGAAGAAGAAGCAAAAGAUGGCAAAAUGA